CUUUGGUUUGGCACGUUGUGUUAGUGUUGGAUUUUGUUGUGUUUCGAAUUUUUUUUAUUGGAUAUUUUGCAGAGUUCCUUUUAAAAGAAUAUUUAUCUUUCAUCUGUACCGUUCAAUAUAUUUAUUCUUAAUUCAUUUGAAAGAUAAGUAUUCUAAAAUGAGUGAUAAUGAAGGAACAGAUUCAUCAGACAUUGAAAGUGGAAGUGACAAUGAGAUGGAAGAAGCAAUAUCUGUGAACUGUCUUUUUUGUCCCACUGUCUCUUUUUCAGUUGGGGAAUCUGCUGAUCAUUGUCUUUUUGAUCAUGGCUUUGACAUUAGGAAUUUCAUUAGGAAAAGAGUUUCAUCUCAUUAUGAUUUUAUCAAGCUUAUUAACUACUUGAGACAGAAAAAACCCACAACUAAAGAGUUAGAGGCAGCAGAUGAUAUUAAACCUUGGAUCUCAGAUGAUUACCUUCUUCCUGUCUUUCCGGAUGAUCCUUGGUUAUGGACUGAUAAUGGCCUUGUUGUUGAUGACGAUGAAGACAUGGAACCUAAAUAUGUAAAUGCUGAGAAUGGUGUGGUUACUCUUUCCAAAGAACAUUUUGAUGAAUUACAGGAGAAAAACCAGAAACUCGAACACUUGUUAAGGGAGCAGGAGAAAAAAAUGGAUGCUCUUAGAAACUUGCUCCAGGAAGAACCUGAGAUUAAGCAUAGAAAAAUUGUGCAUCAUGUCGAUUCUUAUUUUGAAUCUUAUUCAGGUUUUGAUAUUCAUCGAGAAAUGUUAGGUGAUAUUGCCCGUAUGGAAGCAUAUCAACGUGCUAUUAAUUCAAAUUUCUUUAAAGAAAAAGUUGUUCUCGAUGUUGGAUGUGGUACUGGCAUAUUAUCUAUGAUGGCUGCCAAAGCAGGAGCUUCAAAAGUAGUUGGUGUAGAUAACUCUGAUAUAUUUAAUACAGCAGUUGAGAUAGUCAGAGAUAAUGGAUUUGAAUCCAAGAUUACUCUUAUAAAAGGUGCCAUUGAGAACAUCAUACUUGAAGAUAAAUUUGAUAUUAUUAUUUCUGAGUGGAUGGGUUACUUCCUACUUUUUGAGAGGAUGCUUGAAUCAAUUAUUAUAGCCAGAGAUAGAUUUCUGAAGAAAGAUGGCUUGCUGCUACCUAGUUCAUGCUCUUUAUGGCUAGCAGGUUGUUCUGAUUCUGUGGUGUACAGUGAGCGCACUAAUUCCUACUUCAUGGGGUUUAAAAUGGAGCCUUUAAGACGUGCUAGAUUUUCAGAGCCUGCCAUUGAAAUAGUCCCAGAAGAUAAAAUUGUUACUAAGCCAGUUGUUGUUCACAGGAUAGCAUUGUCAGAUCGUGAAACAGUUAAUACUGCAAACUGUUGUUCUUUCUGUUCAGAUUUUAGUUGCGAGGUUGUUAAGGACUGUGAACUGACAAGUAUUUGUGGUUGGUUUGAUUGUUCGUUUGAACCUAUUCCAGAAAAGUUGUCAACAUCACCUUUUAGCAUUCCCACUCAUUGGGCACAGACAAAUUUUUAUUUAAAACGACCACUCAAGGUUGAAGCUGGUAAUACAUUGGUUGGUAAGAUAAGGGUUGCUCCUAAAGGCAAUCGGGGUCUACAAGUCACAAUAGAACUUCCUUCAGUCAACGAAACAAUGACAUAUGCUUUGCAGUAAUUGAUAAUGUUUUGGAGAAUUAAUAUUUACAAUUGUGGAAACGUAACUUAUUGUAAUGUCAGAAGCCAGUAUUCAGGAGCAUUGCCGUAAUGUUAAUAAAAAAAUAAGCUAAACACUUCCUUAAAUUAUUUUUAAUCAUGAUGGAAAAACUCAUAAUUUCAUGAAUAUUAGAUUUAAUCCAUUUUAGGGGCGCUAAAACCGAUUCACUGAUUUAUUUAAACGUCUUUUGUUAUAAUUUUAUUUAAACCUCAGAUAAUUUUUAUAUUUUUGAUAAUUACAGUUACAAGAUAAUGAAUUUAAUUAUAAUUAUAUGACAGGCUAAAUUUA